AUGGACAACACCCCCUUCCACCGCAUCGACCGCGCCACCCUCCGCCGACGCAUCAUCGCUGUGCCCCAAGACGCCGUCUUCCUUCCCGACGGCACAACCAUCAAAUCCAACCUCGACCCCUUCGACGCCUCCACGGACGCAGAAUGCCUCUCCGUCCUGCGCACCGUCCAACUAUCCACCUUCGUCGAGGAGCGCGGCGGCCUGCACGAAGGCAUGACCGCCGACAGCCUCUCGGCGGGCCAGAAGCAGCUCUUCAGCCUCGGGCGUGCGAUCCUGCGCCGGCGCGUCAAGGACGCGCGCUCCAAGCGGCGCAGCGGGGGAAUUUUGUUGCUGGACGAGGUCAGCUCGAGCGUCGACCACGCGACGGACCGGCUGAUGCAGGAGAUUAUCAAGGAGGAGUUUGGGCGGUACACGAUCGUCAUGGUCUCCCAUCGGCUGGAUAUGGUGAUGGACUUUUUCGAUGCGGUGAUUGUGAUGGAUAAGGGGCGGGUUGUGGAGACGGGCAGCCCGAGGAAGCUUGUCGAGACGAAGGGCAGCCGGUUUGGCGAGCUAUGGGCUAUUGAGAAUCAGGGACGGUCACGAGAGGAAUGGAUGGUGUAG